AUGGGACCGGGCGGCGCGUGCUGGAGGGGCGGUGGCGUCCCGGGCGGUUUCAAGCGGUGGCUGUCCUCGCCCGUCCCGGCUCCUCGUGUCUGCGUGGUGGGCAGCGGGCCCGCGGGGUUUUACACGGCUCAGCACAUCCUCAAGCACCAUGGGGGGGCCCGAGUGGACAUCUAUGAGAAGCUGCCUGUUCCCUUUGGGCUCGUCCGUUUUGGGGUGGCCCCAGACCACCCUGAAGUGAAGAAUGUGAUCAACACCUUCACGCAGACGGCGCGCUCGGAGCACUGCGCCUACUACGGAAACGUCACCGUGGGGAGGGACGUCACGGUGGCAGAGCUGCAGCAGGCUUACCACGCCGUGGUGUUGAGUUACGGUGCUGAAGAUAACCGGGUCCUAGGGAUUCCAGGGGAGAACCUCUCUGGCGUUUAUUCAGCCCGAGCGUUCGUGGGCUGGUACAACGGACUGCCCGAGAACCGGGAUCUGAAGCCUGACCUGAGCUGUGAGACGGCGCUGAUUCUGGGUCACGGCAAUGUGGCGCUGGAUAUUGCCCGGAUCCUCCUGUCCCCGCUGCAUCUCCUCAGGAAGACAGACAUCACUGACGGCUCCCUGGCAGCUCUCGCCUGCAGCAAGGUGAAGCGUGUCUGGCUGGUUGGGAGGAGGGGACCUCUUCAAGUUGCUUUCACUAUCAAGGAGCUGCGGGAGAUGAUAAACCUGCCUGGUGUCAGACCUGUCCUGAACCCUGCUGACUUCACAGGCCUCGAAAAUGCUAUCAAAGAUGCCCCCAGGCCCAGGAAGCGACUGACUGAGCUGAUGAUCAAAACAGCCCUGGAGAAGCCUGGGGACAAGACGAUGGAGGUGCAGGCAUCAGCCCCCCGGGAGUGGGGGCUGAAGUUCCAGCGCAGCCCCCAGGAGGUGCUGCCCACUGCUGACGGGAGGCGGGCGAGGGGUGUCCGCAUGGCCCUGACCCGCCUGGAGGGCUCGGGUGACUCUGCCAAAGCCGUCCCCACUGGAGACAUGGAGGAGCUGGAGUGCGGGCUGGUGCUCAGCAGCAUUGGCUACCGGAGCCUGCCCCUGGACCCAGGGGUACCCUUCGACACCCAGCGUGGUGUUAUCCCCAACAGCUCGGGCAGAGUGGAGGGUGUCCCAGGUCUGUACUGCAGCGGGUGGGUGAAGAGAGGACCUACGGGCGUGAUCAUCACCACCAUGAACGACAGCUUUGACACUGCCCAGUCUGUGCUGGAGGAUCUCCAGGUGGGCGUGCUGGAUGUGUCCGCCUCCAGAGAAGGCUUUGGGGCUGUGGAGAGCAUCCUGCGCAGCCGAGGGGUCCGUCCUGUUUCCUUCUCGGACUGGGAGAAGAUAGAUGCUGCUGAAGUGGCAAGAGGCAAAGCUGCUGGCAAACCCCGGGAGAAGAUAGUGGAUCCUCAGGAGAUGCUGCAGUUGAUCGGUCACUAAAGCAGCAGCAAUGGGAAUGUGGCACUGGUCCAGCCGGUACUGUCCUGGGGCACACCAGUGGGUUACGGGCAGGACCCGGGAGCGCAGGGCUUGUGCCCAGGGCUAGUGGCCACUCUGGGGAGGUGUGUGACACUUGAGGCUCUCUAGUAACAAUGAACUCUGCGUUCCUAAAGUAAACGUUUCAAAACAUCUGAGGCUGCUGGCUGGCCCUGCAUCUCUGCAGCCAGCUGCUGCUCCUGGGGCGAUUCUUGUCACUCGGGUCCUUCGAGUAUUAACAAGUCGGCUGGCACAGGGGAGGGGAGAUGGGCACCCGGCAGGAGUCCUGGCCAGGCGCUUUCCCCAUGGCAAGUGGCAUAGAGAAACUUCCUUGUGUCUUGCUGCCUCCCCUUCAAACCUCAAGCCAAAUGGCUUCGUUACCUUGUCAUUCGUGCCCAAGCAGGCUUCUCUUAAUAAUAAUUGUUUUUUAAAUAAACCCUUCCAGGAAGGCUAAAUUGGA